AUGGCAGACAGUUAUGUUACACCGCCGGCCUCGCCAGAGACAGAUGAGCCUGUGCCGCCAUUAGGGGCGUUUGGUCCAGAGGAUGUGGAAACUACGCCGGUUCCGAAAAGACGGUCCUUUCACCAACACCAAUCUCGGCCGUCGUAUGUCAAUGUCAAGCGACAGACCAUGGUCUCUUUUAGGAGACAACCAUCGACACCCACAGAUGCGAAUAGGCCUAGCACUCCAGCGCGUUCUAUGUCGACUGCGUCUCGUCUGAGUAUGGCAUCUGCUGGUUCUUCGAGUGUUGGGGAGGAGCAGUGUCAAAGUCCCAGGAGCAUAUUUGAGGUGCAGGAAGGGGGUGUGGAUAGACGUGACUCGGCGUUCACCGUCGAUGAGUUGCCAGAGUUGGAGGAGACUACUGCUUCAGGCGCGACAAGAACGUCGUUGUCGAGAAAGAUGAAGAAGAGGUUGGAUGUUGCUCAGGAGAUCUUGACGACUGAGAGGAGUUAUGUGGAGAGUCUGUGGGUGAUACAGGAGUACUUUGUCGAACCUCUCAUUGACUCGCUCUCUAUGCCUCAACCUAUCCUAAGUCGCGCUCGUCUGAAUGACAUCUUUCAGAACUUUGCCGACAUUCUCUCCCUAUCAACACAUCUCUUGACCUCCCUAACUACCCGUCUGGACCCGCUUUGCACUGGUCAUGUCAUGCUGGGCAGCUGGGAUCCCGAAAUCUCACAUCUUGGUGAUAUCUUCUCCAGCGAGGGCGUUGGUCAUUUCCUCAAGAUGUAUGCGCUGUACUGCCGGAACUUCUCGAGUGCGGUCGGAGCUAUGGAGCACGAGACGAGGGAGAAUGCCGCAUUUAGGACGUUCCUUGGGGAUGCGGAGAGGAAAAAGGUUUUGAGGGGUUUGGAUCUUGGGAGUUAUUUAUUGCUGCCUGUGCAACGAGUACCAAGAUAUAAGCUCUUGCUCCAUGAUCUGCUUCGAUAUACCGAUGAAGAACAUCCUGAUCAUGAGAAGCUAUUGGAGGCUUUCAGGCUGGUCGAGCAAGUCGCGUCGCUCAUUGACGAUACGAUUCGUCAAUAUGAGAAUUGGCUCGCAAUGCUGCAGAUCCAGAGAUCGCUGUUCGGUCUGGAUCAGCCUCUCCUGUCCGUUCCAAGCCGAAAAUUCAUCAAGCGGGGCUUGUUGUAUAAGGUAGGACGUCGCAACCACCAGAGAAGAGAAUUUCUCCUCUUUUCGGACUGUUUGAUAUACGCAACACCCACGUUACCCCUGAAUCUGGCUGAAGGCACGUUCUACUACUUCAAUAGACGCAUCAUGCUGGAUGAGCUUAAGCUCGAGGACGACGGUGUUGGCAUACAGGUUGAGAGUGAGACUUCAGCGGACGCCGAAAAUGACGAUCGCAUUGCCAAGCUGAAGAACUCCUGGACGAUGGUCAGUUGCCUGAAGAGCUUUGUCGUAUAUAGUGCAACGGCAAAGGAGAAGGAAGAGUGGAUGGAGGCGAUCUCGAGGGCGAAGGAAGAUCAUCUCAGAGCACGGAUGACACUUCGAGUUGUUGAUCGUCGCAAGCUACAACCAUCCACCGAAUCCACUUGCGCGUCUGACCGUCCGGUUGUUCGCAACUACUCCGCACCAGUCUGGGUUCCGGAUGACAGAGCACCCGAGUGUCAACUCUGCAAUCAGCCCUUCACCAUGUUCCGACGAAGGCACCACUGUCGUCUCUGCGGUAAAUGCAUAUGCUACGGAUGUUCGACGAAGCAAUUUCUCAUUCCAAGUCAGUUAUAUGACAAGAAUCGCAAGGAGGAUGGAGCAGAACAAGUGUAUCGUGCUGCACGAGCGUGUGAUACCUGUUUCGUCGAGCGCUGGCCUGUUCCGAGUGAUACCCCAUCACUGAUAAAUGCUUCUCAUUCACGGGCGUCAACACUUGAGGAUGACUUGACGAACGGUUUCCAAGAUAUCGAGAUUAUUAUACCUGGCGGCAAGACGGACAAGUACAUCGAUGCGAUGAGGACGCGGAUGAGCGCGAGUACGUCGGCGCCUUUGAUCAUGGACAGAACGAGCGUGGUGGGAAUUGGAGGUGCUACGGAGACGGUGCGAUUCAAGAGUAUAGCUAGAGAUGCGGGUCUUACACGGCCUAAGCUGGGUGAUCGAAAGCCGAGCGGAUGGGAAGUUCAUCACGGAGCGAGAGGGGAGAGUAUCGCUGAAGAGGAUGAAGUGCGUAAUGCGGAGUAG